AUGAUCUGGCGGCAGGACCUCCACAACUGCACUAAUUGGCUCCAAGUCACCUGGGUCUCAGGAAAAAGGAUCACUGGGUACUCAAUAUUUUGGGAAGGAGGUGAGUGUCUAAAAAUGGCGGAGGCGGAUUCCAGAAGAGGGUUCAAUGGUUCAAGGCCUCCUCCAGCGUCUGGAGAACCGGCCCUUGCGGAGGAGGCAGCUACUGGCUCUCAUUCUAGUUCAGCCCUUUGGCUUAUAGCAUUGAUUCUUCUUUAUUUUUCAUGA